UUUGUCACUAGCAUGCUUCAAACGAUUUAUGAAAACUUUUGGAGCAGUAACAAGAUGGAACAAAGCAAUUCUGCUUUAUAAUCUAUGUUAAAGCGGGGAUAUAAAUGAAGACGAACCCGGUGAACUGCAUUGGCACUUUCCCUGUUACGUUUAACUUCUGUGUUAAUUACAGAAGAGCCUCUACAUUCCAGCCAGUGCUGCUCUGUGGUGUAUUUAUUGCUCAUCCAGAAGAUCCACUGACAUUUUUAGAAGAAAAGCUCAGAGAAAUAAAGGCAAAGGGAUUAGAUACUUAUUUGCUGGAAAGGAAUGAGAAAAAAGCUGGGAAGAUGGCUCUACAAUAAAUCCAUUAUAAUAUCUAAAUAUUAAAAUUUAUUAUACAGAAGUGGAACAUGUGUGUGGAGACCGACAAGGAAAAAAAGACAUGUAAGGCUAGGAUGUUAUUAAGUAUGUUCCUUUCUGGUUUCUUUUUCACAGUUAGAAUUGCAGAUUUUAAGUGUUGCAUAUCAGAUAUUUCAGCAUGUGAUGGUGUAAUUCAGUACUGCAAAUGGUUGUGGAUAUGCAACAUUUUAGCAUGUAAACAUGUAGAAAAUAUUAUGCAGAAGUGACAUCCAUGUGUGUUAUGUUUGAAUCUUUGAGGUUGCUGUUCUUUUCAUUGGCCUAGCUUUAAGGUAUCAGUAAAUGCUACCUUGCUAGGAGCCCUCUGGGCCUUCUCCAAAUGGGCAGUCACAGGUCUCAGCCUUACUAACAGGGAAUAUGCUCCGAUUACUCUGCUGUUUUUCGUGGGGUUUUUUGCAAAGCUUCCCCAGUUUGGAAACCAAAUUAGUUUGGUUCGCUGCAGAAAAUUCACAGACAAAGGUUUACCAUACCUGCACUCUUGCAAAGGCUGUCACAAGAUCAUCUGUUUGGAAAUUCCAGGUUGCGUUCAGGUUUGUACUGAUGUCUCCAAAAAUACUGCCAAUGGCUGCAAUUGGAUUCAAGAUUUGCUAAUCAGCAAAAUGUUAACUCUUACAGACAGAUGUAUAAAAGCUCUGGUUGAAAAAUGUCAACAGGUAAUGUCUGUUGUCUUUCUUGACUCUCCAAAACUUUCUGACACAACUUUUAAAGUCCUUGCAGAAUGUAAACCUUUGAAGGUCAGCAUUGAAGGGAAUAACCAAAAUGCUGAUUUAAGUUUCAAGCUGAUGAGUAAAUGCUGCCCCUACAUGAGGCACAUUCAUGUGGCUGAUUGCCAGUGGAUUACAGAGGCUGGUGCUAAGAUGAUUUCACUAUUGAAGCAUAUUCUUGUACUGAAUAUGGCAGACUGCACAAGGUACCCACCAAAGCUGCUCUACCACUUCAGUGGACAGGACAAAGAAAAUACAGCAGAGUUUGUGGGUCAAGGGGGCUGUUCGUACACUUUUGAGUGUGACAGCACCAUUUCAAAUUGUCUUGAAGUCAUAAAGCCCUUAAUGGGUUUGAGAGCUUUUGGAUGCCAUGGAAAAAUAUUGGAACUUUCUAUAUCACAAUGCAAAAAAACUUCAGAUUGGUGUACAAGCAUUGUAAUUGAGUUCUGCAAGGGCACAGAAUUCCUGGAACACUGCCUUGUCUCUUACUGCCCUCAGCUGACAGAUGAAGCUGUGAAAACAAUGGCAUUUCACUGCCACAGACUGACAUCUCUCAACACAGGAGGCUGCCCAAAGAUGAUUGAUACACAUAUCCAAUACUUGGCUGCAGCCUGCCAUUAUCUCCCCUUGGACAUCUCAUUCACCUUACUGACAUACCUGAGAUAUCUUUGGAAAGGCUGUGAGCAACUCCAGAUUCUCAUGACACUGUACUGUAGAAAAAUUACCAAACAAGCUACUUUGAAAUACACAGCUGAACUGGAGAAACAGGAACACAAUGAUGCUGACCAUCCUUCCUGGCUCAGAUAUGACUGGGAUGAUAACAUAAUCCCUUCACCAAAACAUGCAGAUCAGAGCCUGAAAAAACAAAUUCUUCAAAAUGAAAAAUGAAGAAAUUGUGCAGCAUCUCUACAGUUUAAGGGUUUUUCUCUAGAGCAUGAAAAGACCACUGUGUUAUUUUUUCUUAAAACUAAUCAUACUUUAAUAAAAGGCCAUUUGUUGCAUUAGUAAGGAAGCAUAGCAAAUCUUUCUCACAGGAGUAUGAAUGCCUUCAAGCAAGACAGCUGCACUCAGACAGCACUGCUAACUCUCAGAUGUUGAUUCAAGCUGUCUUCAUCUUUCAAUAAUGAAAGUUUUUGUAGUCCCGUGCAGAGUAAGCAAGGAAUAAAUCUGCAUGUGUUGGAGGAUUUGUUUGCCAUGAAGGUCCUCUCCAGGACAUAAGCACUCUGACUCCCCAGAGAACUUCACACUUGGUGUGGUUGGUACCCAUCAAGUGCAGCCUUCUUGAGGAGUGGAAGCAGUGAGUAGGCAGUGAUUCUUUAAUACCCAUGCAUUUAGGCACAGCUCUCCACUUCUCAACAGUCACUUGUGCACCCACAGCCCUCAUUCUCAUAAAAGCCUCUUGGGCUGAGUCCAGCUCUCUAAACAACCUCAUGUUUGUGUCUGCAGGUCUGAACUGUAGGCUGGCUGGCAGCUGAGAGAGCAGGAGAACCAAAUUAAAGGGAGCACAGAUGAAAAAAGUGUUAGAGUAUAAAUUUGCUCCACUUACAAGAAUGUCUUCUCAUCAAAUGGAUAAAAAAAGAUAUAUGGGCUCACAAGGGAUUUGCCAUUCAAACUCUAAUUGCUGAUAACCUACUAAUCUUCCCUUGUCUAGAGAUAAAUACAGUUUCACCUUAUUAGAGCAGAACAAGACAUUGUUCAAUGCCUUUGGGGAAACUCAUAAGGAAGGAUUUGUCCUCCUUCAACUCAUUCUUGACCUUUAUAUUAACAUUCUAGCUAGUCUCAACAUGUUUUAGCUUGGAAUGAAUAUAAUCAGUAGCUUUAGCGGUAGCACAGUUUUUCUGCUGGCUGAUUUAAACUUCUUUAAGCAAGUAACUAACAAGUCUGAUGUUUAAUUCCUGCUAAAUUUAGAAAAUCUAUGAAUUCAAAGUCUGAGUUUGCUUUCUUUUGAAAAUGGAAUAAAUAACAUGUUUUCUUACUAUGUUCUCCCUUAAAUGGCUGAUGCAGCAGUCUCAAAAACCACAACCUUAAUCUCAGAGGCUGACAGGCUUUGUAUUUCAGGUGAAUAAUGGGACCAUUAAACGGAUUCAAUCUUUUGAAAUACCUACUAGACUGUUUUCAUGUGGUGUGAAUUUUGAGGUGCUUUUUUCACUUUGGCUGCAGCAGGACAUAGAAAACA